AUGACGUCUACUCAACCUCAACUUCAACCUCACCGUCACCCUGCCCUAUUCUCAGUUCCUUUCACUGCUCCUAACAGAAAAACUGAGCAACAAAAGGUGUCAUCACAUUUAUCAGUACUUUCGACUGCACCUGUAUCGGUGUCUAUACCUACUUCAGUAUCCCUAUCAAUUCCUUUCUUCUCUCGCACAUCAUCUUCGACCAGUUCUUCUACGGAUCUCGAAACUUCCUAUUCAUCAUCAUCUUAUUCUUCCUCUUCUUCACCUGGCUUCGCGAUAGGUGGACCGACUGGACUUGAUCUCAGAAACCUGAAUCUGAAUAAUCCAUAUUCAGUCUCUACCAGUAGGAGUAAUAGUAAUUCGAGACCUAGUCUCAUCAAAAUGCCAAAUUGGUCUACAUGGUCAGCGAGAUCUUCCGAAGAUAUUGCUCGAAGAGGAUCAACAGAUACUGAAAUCUCAAUGUCCGUCACAAGUGAAAUGGAUAAUGUGAAAUUCAACAUUGAUCAUCACAAUGAUGAAGAUGAUGAUGACGAUGUUGACGAUAAUGAUAAUGAUAAUGGUAACGGUGAAAGAGUUGAUAAAGGUAGUAGUAUAAAAGGAUUUAGAGUUGAUUUUGGGACUUGGUCUAGAAAACCUAAAAUCAUCUUAUCGAAAAGAAAUCCAUUCAAAGCCGAUAAAUUAAACUUGAAAUCAUUCUCCUCACCGAAAAAGGAAUUGAAAACAGUCAAAUUAGUAAAUCAGAAAAACCACAACAAGGUCCUUGUAGAAGAAACAGAAUUCCAUGCAUUGGAAAGAGUUUGGGCUAGAAGUGAAGAACAGAAAGAACGUGAGAGAAGAGGUUCAGAUUGGCCACCUACCUUACCAAGAGAGAUGGUUUUGGAUCUAAGCGGAAUUCCAAACUUUACUGGGGAUACCAUAGAUUCGGUCAUCGAAGCAGAUGCUAAAGAUGGAGAAAAGCCUACCACUCGGAUAGAAAAUGAAACCGAAAGAUCAACAAAGGCAGCAGAAGAAGGAGAAGAAGAAGAAGAGGGAUUGACGGCUCCAAGAAUUGAUACUCCGUUAGAAAUGCCUAUCGUUCCUCGCCUGCAUCUUCGCAGAUCACACUCCUCAUUUUUGUCUCCUGUCUUAGAUACCGAAGAAGAAGAAGAGGUGCCACAGCCGAAAGAAGAAGAAAAAGAAGAAGAUCUAUUCGUCCAUACUCAUUAUCCAAGUAGAACUGCAUUCACAGCUUCAGCUUUCAUACCAGCUCCCACUUCUACCGCUUCUGCUCAGAUUUCAGCUUUGUCCUACAGACCACAUCCGAUUGGGGCUAAAGAAACUGUUUCAGAUGAAUCACCGAAAUUUGAUUUAUCGAUUUUCUCACCUCGUCCACCGCCACCACCUGUUUUAAAAGGUAUAAUCGACAGUAUACCUAUAUCACCAUUAGAAUUACCUUCGUUGACUUAUCAAAAUCUCACGAUGACUUUCCCCACUCCUGUUCUUCCUAGAGAUCCGCCCACUUCACCCUUGACAACAUCAACAUCAACGAGAACGACAACAACAAUGGCAACGGCUAUGGUUAUGCCAAUACCAAGAAAAGGUGGUCCAGCGGAUUCUAUUGAAUCUGUCCUGAAUCCGGUCACCAGAAGAGGUUCAAACGCGUCUACGUUAGAAAGAGACAGAAGAUCAAGUAGACCUUCUUCGAUAGCUGGAUCUGGAUUACCGAGAAGAAGAAUGUCAUUGAUCAUUAAACCUUCAAUCUUACCUUGCCCUACACCACCGUCAUUACUCACAUCACCAAAAACACUAGGCAGUGAAUAUAUACCACCUUUAUUCUCACCUUCUUCUAUUAGUCCAACCCAUUCAAGAUUCAAUGAUAGUGGCAAUGGGCCAUCGGGUUUACCAGGAAGAAGGGGUAGAGGUAGUUUGAGAUUAAAAUUGCCUCCUUCUCAUUUCGCUGAGUCAGCAGGUUUGGGAUUUGGUCCAACUCCAGGUAAGAAGGAAGAACAAGAUAAAGAAGAACAUAUUCCUACACCGGGGACUUUUGGGUUGGAAGGUGAAAAUGAAAGGAUAGAGCAGGAAAGCAUUAAUCCGUAUUUUGCUUGGACAGGUUUGAGUGCAUAG